AUGUCGACGACGCAACUCACCUCGCUAUUCUCAUCCCGACUGAGCUCGGCAUAUAACCAACUUCGAGGCGAUCUCGGCGCACCUCAAACAGCCACAGAAACCAUUGAUAAGCUUGUGGACCGAAUCAAUACAAGUGCAGCUGUAGAAGAUAGGCGGACAGCCGUUCUUGGAUUGAAAGGUCUUAGUAGAGAUUGGAAAGAGGAUGUGGGAGCAAGAGCAAUGAUACCGCUUAUAGCGGUACUGGAGCAUGAUGCCCCAUUUGACGUGGAGAUCGCUAAAGCAGCUCUGGAGAGUUUGAUGCAGCUUUGCGAAACCGCUGAGAAACCCGCCAAAGAUGAUCUAGGUCUCAAAUUCACUGAUGUUUUCCUCGAGAAUCCUAAACCACUACAUUCCCUUCUUAAGCUGUUAUCAGCUUCACCCUCAUUUUAUCCACGAUUUUAUUCCUUACAAUACCUUUCACAAUUACUCACCUCACGUCCGUCGAUCGCUCAAUCAUACAUAAUGUCCGCUCCACCUCCUGGCGUAGAUGGAAUCCUAUCAGUGUUAGAUCCAGCUCCACCUCCGGGACAAGUACCACCUGGACAAGCACAAACAGCUCAAUUAGGUGGAGGUGCGACUGAGAUGUUGAGAAAUGAAGCUCUUCUAUUACUUCCAGUGAUGUUAGCUGGAAAUGCGGAUCUGCAAAAGAUAGUCGCGUUCUCUGGGGCUUUUGAAAGGUUAUUCCAGAUCAUAGAUACAGAAGGCGGUGUAGAAGGUGGAAUCGUAGUUCAAGACGCAUUGACUGUCAUUGGCGGUUUAUUAAGAUUCAACGUCUCAAAUCAGAAUUACUUCCGAGAGUUAUCACUUAUCCCUACCAUCCCUCGAAUAAUCGGGUUUCCUUCACCUUUACCCGCCGACGUGCCCACUCCCGACGAAUUCGCUCUGCAGUAUUGGCCUGAGCAAAAGAUAUACAACACAGGACUGGUAUUAGGUCUGAUCAGAAUGCUAGUUGGCGGACCAGGUGGUGGUAAUCAAACCGCCAUGGUGACUGGAGGGGUUACACGAUGUUUACUGGAACUCUCACUCGCUUCCAAUGCACCUAAUGGUAUCAAAUCCCAAGCACUAAAUACUCUCACUCCGAUCCUCCUGUCCUCACCCGCCAAUCAGGAUCUCCUAUCAAGCUUGCUUGUCUCCCCGCUUGUCGCUGUACACGCCGAUGAGGAACAUCCCAAUGGAGGCUUCGUGAGGAUACCCAACAAGCCUACUGCUGUAGCUCUAGUGACCUCUGUCAUUGAAGGAGAUUUCAGUGCCGGUGGAAGAGGGCUUAGGGGAAGAGCUGCAGGUGUCAACAUGUUCGAGGCCUAUGUAUCAGGAAAUGAUGAUGCUCGCAUUGGAAUACUCUCGUCGAUGGUUGCUCCGCCAUCCGAUAAUCCCAAUUCCCAUUUCCCUGAUCAGCCUCAAUCAGCAGGAUCUUUGAUCUUAUCUGGAUUACUUGAUCUCCCCCAAUCUUCUUCUGAUUCAUUCGAUCCAUAUCGAUCUCUAUUCUCAUGUCUUUUACUCGCACAUCUCAUUCGAAAUUCAGAACAUGCCAAAAAGCUAGCAAGGGAAAUCACCAUUUCUUCGGGUGAUACAGGUGAUUCAGCAAUAGCAGAUGAUGAAGAUAAGAUUUCAUUGGUUCAAUUAGUAGUCGGAAAUCUUAUGAUGGCGUCAAGGGAACAAACCGAAUGCGUCAACAGAGCUGCCAAAGAAGGUUUAACUACUGGUUUACCAGAAGAAGAAGAUUGGACAAGAGUGAUUGUCGGUUAUCUCGUUUUAUUGUGUACAUGGUUAUGGGACAGUCCCAAAACAGUCAAAGAAUUCUUGAGUGAAAGUGCGAAUCUACAAGUACUUAUUCAACCUAUAACCCAAACCACCGGUAUUGAUCCUCUUGUUCAAGGAUUGAGUGCUUUCCUUUUAGGUGUAUGUUACGAGUUCAACCGUGAACCAGGAGAGAUAACUCGAGCCACCCUUCACCCAAUACUACAUUCACGGAUUGGUCCCGAUCAAUUCGUUUCUAGAAUGGCACGAUUACGUGAAGAUCCAAGAUUCAGAGCUGUUCAACCUGACGCGUUUGACACAGAAGGAUCCGAUGCAACAGCUGCUGCUACACCCGAGGGUGAAACGGAUGAAGUUGAUGAAGGAUUAGAAUUAUGGUUCGAUUGGGCUUUCGUUGAUUUCUGGAAAAAUCAUUAUUAUACUAUUCAAAGAUCUAUCGCUAUUGACCCCGAUGCUGUCCGUGGUUCAGGACCCUCUGAUGACGGCGAGACAGCUGCAAUCAUCAUGUCACUUCGGCAAAAGCUGAAAGCUCAAACUGAUGAGGUUGUGCAACUUCAAUCGAAAUUGGAAGCAUUGACAAAGGAAAGUAGGCAAGAGAAAGAAACGCUGGUAAAUGAAGUAGACAGUCUUUCAUCUCAGAUAGCGGCUCUCUCAUCACAACUACAAGAGACAACCAAUGUCAGAUCAACGUUGGAAGAAGAGUUGUUUAAUAUUAGAAACGAAUUCGAAUCAUUGAAAGGUAUAGCAUCUUCAGCUGAAUCCACUAAACAGCAACUCGAGAAAGUGACAUCGGAAUUAGCGACAUUGAAAGAUGAACAUGAGAAGGCAUCUUCUGAAUUACAAUUGUCGAAAGCAUCUUCUAAAUCCAGAGAAACAAAAUUGAAGGAUGUAGAAUCAAAGUUGAAGGAAUUACAAGAAAAAUCAUUGAAAUCCUCUGAAUCAGGUGGUUCUUCCGAAGCAGACAAGAAAGUUAUUCAAGAGAAAGAAAGCGAGAUUGAACAAUUGAAGAGAUCGUUAAGCGAAAUCGAAUCUUCUGUCGAAGCGACCAAAUCCAAAUCUAAUGAUGAGACAAAAGAUUUACAAGAAAAGUUGACAAUGUCAGAAGAGAGUUUAACCAAUAAAGAAAAUCAAUUUAAAGAAUUACAAGAAAAAACUGAUUCUUUAGAAAAGAAAAUUGAAGAAUUGGAAACUAAACUCAAAUCUGCAUCUUCUGCUUCGGCAGAAUCAAAUGAAAUUGGUGGUGCGGGUACAGGUGCAGGUGCAGGAGGAUCAGGCAAACAAGCUAAGAAACGUGCGGCUGAAUUAGAUAAUAAAGUUACAGAAUUAGAAAAAUCCUUACAAGAAGAAAAGACUAAGAGAGAAGAAGAAUCAAAAGAACAUGAAGAUCUAUUAGUUUUGUUAGAUGAAUUAACAGCUAAACGAAAUGCAGAUAAAAAGAAGAUGAAAGAUUCUGGAAUGGAUGUAAGUGAAGGUGAAGAGGAUGACGAUGAAGAAGAAGAAGAAGAGGAAUGA